AUGUUUCUAGCAUUUUAUAUCACUAAUUUGAAACAUGUGCUCAUAUUUCAACAGCUUUUGAGCUACGAUUCACCCUCUUUCAAAUCGCUAUGGACAAAAGUUCAAUCAGUGGCCCCAGAAUCGUCCAAUGGGGAAGUUUGGUUCAAGGCUGAUUUAGGCAAGAAUCUACAGGUCUAUAAGUCUCAAUCGGAGUCAAGCGAUCUAAUAUACUGGUGUCUAGUCACGCGUCAGCCUAAUCCACUGGAGCCGAUGGUGUUUCUGGAGGCAUUCGACACAACGCUGCUAAAUUAUUUUGAUAAAGAACAGCUUGCCAUUACCAAGCUGAUCAACAAUCAGGAUCGAGUGGCACUGUUGCUGAAUUGCAUGGUUGACGCCAACGAACCAGCAAUUUUGAAUCUCAAUAGACUGAAAGAGAUGGUCCCUAACCGUGAAGAUCUUGCUAAGAUUUUCAACUCUACUGCCUCGACGAUUAGCAACCGCAUUCAAAAUAGUGACUCGUCACAGAUAAAGAGCUCAGGUUUUUCAACACAACCGCCUGUGGGUGCAAACCGCACUGAGCAUCAAGUGGUGCCCUGGAGAAGCCCUGGUACAAAGCAUUCGAAUAACGAACUAUAUGUUGAUAUGAUGGAGAAAGUUCACCUCGUUUUACAUAAGAGCUCCAAAACGGGGCACUUGAACGUCGUGCGAGGCUUGAUAGAGGGAGCCAUAGAUUUCCGGUCCCAAUUGACCGGAGACCCGGUUGUCGCCGUGAACUUAGAGCUUCACGGACAUGAUUUAGGCAUCCCAUCACUUCACCAGUGCUGUGAAGGCCACCAACAAGAUCAAAGGUUGGACGAACUGCAGUUUGUCCCACCUGAUGGCAAAUUUCAGUUAAUGCAAUACGUUAUUGACCUUGAGGCGUUUGAAAGCCGCAGCAAGCUACUUGCAAACAUAGGCCUGGUGUCAGUAGAUUAUGACACUAGACUGGGCCCCCUGGGUGAUGAAUUUGAGAUCCGCGUCAACAUUGCAGGUUCGCAACAUACCAAGCACAUCGAUGAUCUCGCCAUCGCGGUCAAUUUCAACGCGCCGUCGCUGACGUCCGAAUGCAAAAUCAAAGUUCUACGUAACACGCAUGGUCAUUUCGAGAACUCUGUGGAUAACUCCUCGGGUCAUUGGAUUUUCGACAAGCAGACGCCGACUGGUACACUGCCUGUUUUGAGAGGCUGUCUCGAGAACGCCAGCCCCGACCAAAUAAAAUCUUUGAAUCUCACCGUUCAUUUCUCGUGUAAGGGCGAGCUCCCAAGCGGCAUCAAAGUUCGAUCUGUAAACAUUCUAUCAGGUAUACCGCGCAAUGUGACACCAUUCAAAGGCGUCAAGUAUACUGCUAAAACUGGAGACUAUCACUUACGGUGA